AGAAACAAUGGUGCCCCACUCACCUCUCCUUCCUCCUUGCUAUCCGAUAACGGCGACCCCUUCCACUCGCCGCAAACUGACCUCCGCGACAACUCCCGCAUCAUCGUCAUCAUCGAGACAACAUCAACUCAGUUCACCCAGGUCGCGCCAAAAUUCGAGCACCGAAACCCACCGCGGUGGAAUCCUUCAAGGAGUUAGACCAUUUUCAAUCUGGAAACAUCGUGCCUUUGGCCACAUGGAGGAAGUCAUGGCGGCAAUCAGAGUUAUGUUUGAAAAACUAAAGGAAGAAGUUGAUUCUGACUUGGAUGGUUUUGCUGGAGAUUUGGUGGGCAUUCUUGAAAAGAAUGUAGUGUCUGAUCGUGAAUGGAAAGAGAGGUUGGAGGAUCUGUGGGUUGUUACUCUACAAUGUGUAUGUGUGCGCUAGGUGCUCUGCUCCAGCCAGAACUCGCUGCUCCAGGUGCAAAAAUUGUUAGAUAUUGGCAAUUCUUUUAACUUACUUUAGCUUCAAAUCUAUUUUUCUUUCUCCCAUUUUGUGUACUUAAAUUAAUUGUGUGGAAGCAUGCUUUGAA